UGCUUUUUAUACCGGACACUUGUGAGAUGAAGGAUAAGAAGAAGAAAAAAGAAGAGAUAUUGAAUGAUUUGUGUUUGUUUUUUAUUAUUGGUUGGGAUCACAGCACAUCGGGAUGGAUGUUGAGCGAGUGGAUUUAUUCCUGAGUGAUUUUUCUAUGUGAGGGGCGGCGGAUCGCGUUGUGUUUUCCAUUCAGCCGUGGCGGGAUACUACCGAUCGUCGAUGAAUUGAUGUGGGAAUACGCGCUACCUCGGCUGCAUAGAUGGCAAACACAAGUGAGUUUGGGGAGAGCAGCCCGUCCUUACAGAACUAUGCGUCCGCGGCCUCUGCGGUCAAGCUGGCCUCCCUGGGUCUGAUCAUGGGCAUCAGCUUGCUGGGCAACGCGUCGCUGUCCCUGCUGCUGCUGAAGGACAGCUCCCUCCACAAGGCUCCCUACUACUUCCUCCUGGAUCUGUGCCUGGCAGACGUGGUCCGCUCCGCCGUGUGUUUCCCCUUCGUGAUGGCAUCGAUCGGCGGCGGCUCCGCCUGGCCGUACAGCGGGCUCAGCUGCAAGAUCGUCGCCUUCAUGUCCGUGCUCUUCUGCUUCCACGUCGCCUUCCUGCUCUUCUGCGUCAGUGUCACCCGGUACAUGGCGAUCGCCCACCACAGGUUUUACUCCAAGCGGAUGAAUCUAUGUACGUGCGUCGCGGUGAUCUGCAUGGUUUGGACUCUCUCUGUGGCCAUGGCUUUCCCCCCGGUGUUCGACGUGGGCACCUACAAGUUCAUCCGUGAGGAGGAGCAGUGCAUCUUCGAGCACCGCUACGUGAAGGCGAACGACACGCUGGGCUUCAUGCUGAUGCUGGCCGUCAUCGUGGGGACGACCCAUGUGGUUUACAUAAAGAUGCUGUGCUUCGUGUACGAUCACCGUAAAAUGAAACCUGCCCAGCUGGUACCGGCCAUCAGCCAGAACUGGACCUUCCACGGCCCCGGAGCCACCGGGCAGGCGGCCGCCAACUGGAUCGCCGGCUUCGGUAGAGGACCCACCCCGCCGACGCUGGUGGGCAUCAGGCAAGCGACUCACCCCGGCAACAGGAGGCUGCUAGUGCUGGAUGAGUUUAAGAUGGAGAAACGGAUAGGGAAGAUGUACUACAUGAUCACACUGACAUUCCUCAUCAUGUGGGCUCCUUAUAUAAGCGCCUGCUACCUGAGAAUAUUUGUGCGGGGGGCUUCGGUCCCGCAACUUUACCUGAGCGCUGCGGUGUGGAUGAGCUUCGCCCAGGCUGGAGCCAACCCCAUCAUCAGCUUCCUGUUCAACAAGGAGCUCCGAAUGCGCCUCAGAGCCUGUUUCCCCUGCUGCUUGGGAACACAGACACCCAUGGAGCCAUACUGUGUCAUCUAAACGCUCCUGGCCCCAACAUAUAUACUGCCAAAGACACACUUCUACAUCUAGACUGGUCCCCAAAAUGUGUUUACGCAGUCAGGGAUG